ACAAGACCCCGUUGCUACUUUAAGGUUUUAACCUCCAGAAACUGGGAUAUCGGAUGCGAGGGCAAAGCCAGUCACUGAAGAUUAAAUAUUUCACCUGAAAGUCAAUAACUGCAGACUAAACUUUACGCCUUUUAAACUUUGAAGUGCCUUUUGAGGAAAGCUCUUUAUUGGCCCAAUGUGGAGCCUGUCAGGUGAUUCAUUUUCAGUGAACUCCAAUCAGAGCAGAGAACGAAGUGCCUGCGAGACAAGAAUCCGGUCUUGUUUAGUCCUAGUAUGACGUCACCACGCACAGCGGCAUUCCCACCAAGCGCGGGAAACGGCGGCAGGACCACAGGGUCCAACCGGGAGGAUGAAGGUGUAUUUCUGCGGGAGCAUCCGCGGCGGCAGAGACGACGUCCCCGUUUACCGGAGGAUCGUUCAGAAGCUGCAGAGUUACGGGACCGUGCUGACGGAGCACGUGAGCUCUACCGAAAUCACCGAGAGAGGAGAGGACGCUGCUUCAGCAGGAGACCGAUCCAUCCAUGACCGAGACGUGGACUGGCUGCGGCAGUGUGAUGUGGUGGUUGCCGAGGUAACCCAGCCGUCGCUGGGCGUGGGCUACGAGCUGGGCCGAGCUGUUGCCAUGGAGAAGAGGAUAUUCUGUCUAUUCAGACCGCAGUCAGGACGCAAUCUUUCGGCUAUGAUUCGCGGCGCCGCUGAUGGCGACAUCUUUGUGGUGAAAGAUUACAUUGAAGAAGAAGUAGAGAACGUUCUAGAGGAGUUCUUCAAACACCUAAAGGACGUUAAAUAAAACCCUAACCCUGAAAACA